AUGGAUUCACACGAAAGCAGUUAUUACACUGUUGGCUUACCAAACGAAAAUUUCUGUUCUCGUCAGAAUAUGAAAGCAUCAAGUAAGCCACAAGAAUCUUAUGUGGAACUCAUCGCACGCGCAAUUCUCUCGUCACCUAACUAUCAAAUGUUACUUAUCGAUAUCUACGAAUGGAUCAUCACUGAAUAUCCUUAUUUUUCAACGUUACAAAGCAAAGCAUGGCGAAAUUCUAUUCGACAUAAUUUAUCUCUGAAUGAAUGCUUUGUUCGUCAACAGAAAUCGGAAAAUGGACGCGGUUAUUAUUGGGGUAUUCAUCCAGCUGCAUUAGAUGCUUUCAUACGUGGUGAUUUUCGGCGACGACAAGCUCGACUUCGUGCGAAACGUGCGAACAAUCCUACGAUACAGUCGAUGCCAUGGAUGAUCAAUACUGAACUUUCUUUUGAUCAUCCAAUUCAUCAAACUCAAACGUACAAUUGUUCGUACUGUUAG